AUGACGAGACAAAUGGGUUUUCCGGCUUUAUGGUGUAAAUGGAUAGAAGGAAUCCUAGUUUCUGCUAGAUCCUCGGUUUUAGUGAACGGAUCUCCUACUUUUGAAAUCAAUUGUUCCAAAGGAGUCAGACAGGGAGACCUCUUAUCCCCGUUCCUGAUCCUUCUGGUCAUGGAAGGUCUCUCAAACAUUUUGUACAAAGCUAGGAUCGAAGCAUUGUUGAGAGGGAUUCCAAUUAUUUCUCACCUUUUUUACGCUGACGAUGCUCUCCUGUUGGGGGAAUGGGAGGAGGAUAAUGUGAAGAACGUGGCCCGAUGCCUGAGAAUUUUUUAUUUAGCAUCGGGUUUAAAAAUCAAUCUCCAAAAAUCUAACAUUUACGGGCUAGGCGUGGGUAAUGAUGAAGUUUUGAACAUGUGUAAUGUGAUUGGAUGCAAGUCGGAUUCUAUCCCGCUUACUUACUUGGGAAUUUCGGUGGGUAGUAAUAUGAAUAGAAUUAACAACUGGACGCCUAUUAUAGAGGUUUUCGAUAAAAGACUGUCGGCUUGGAAAGCUAAAACAUUAUCGAUAGGGGGUCGGCUUACGCUGAUUAAUUCGGUGUUGGAGAGUCUGCCUAUAUACUAUUUUUCGUUAUAUAAGGCGCCGGUUGGGGUUAUUAAGACUCUUGAAGCCAAAAUGAGAAAAUUCCUUUGGGUGGGGUCUAGUAAUAUUAAUAAAAUGAACUGGGUGGCUUGGGAUUGGGUCACAUGGCCUAAAAAUAUAGGAGGGCUGGGCAUAAACAGGCUCUUAGAGGUUAAUGAGGCUCUUCUUGUUAAAUGGGGCUGGAGGUUUAGGGUGGAAAAUCAUAAUCUCUGGCGUAAAGUGGUGGAAGCUUGCCAUGGUAAGGCCAACCAUUGGAGCUUUCUUCCGCUUAACAGUAAUAUCGCGGGGUGUUGGAAAAAUGUGGUGAAGUUAUUAAAUAAAUUGAAAUUAAAUGGGAGGGGGCUAAAUAGGUUGAUCUUGGGUAAGGUGGGAAAUGGGGUCGAGACUCGUUUUUGGAUCGAUUCUUGGCUGGGCGAUCUUCCUUUUAUGGAACGAUGGCCGCUUUUGUUUGGUUUGGAGUUGUUUAAAUCUUGCAGGGUUGCAGAGAGAUUUGAAACGGUUCAAGAAAAUAGAGUUUACGAUUGGCAAUGGUCUAGGCAGCCAAAGUUCGAAGAGGAGUUAAAAGAAUGGAAGGAGUGUCUGGAGGCUCUAAGCAAUGUUAGUCUAUCCAGCGAUAAGGACAAGUGGUAUUGGUUUGAUGAUAAUCAGAAAGUUGUCUCGGUGAAGGCGGUCAAAAAGUCUUUGAUAGUGGAAAGAGUCACUAGUCAUCCCCCUAAUUUUAAUUGGUGUAAAUGGGUGCCCAUCAAGUGCAAUAUUAUGGCUUGA